AUUACAGAGGAGCGAUGAAGAUUAAGGGAAGUAUAAGUGUAGCUCAAAAGUUCACACCUGAUAUCUUCCCCAAACCAUCAAAACUUUAAACCGAAAGCCUGGUGAUGCUCCCUUUAGUGCAAACUAGUGUAUGCUCAUCGUUCUGCCUGUUCUAGUCUUUAUAAAAUAAAAGAUAAAGGAAAUCAAAAUCAGCUAAAGGUUUGAGUUGCAUCAUUUCACUGAACAAAUCAUACUCUUGUUAUUUGUAGACAUUGUUUUCCUAAAUGAAAUAAUUAUUGUGUUGAGGUAAGCUUAUUCCUAGUUAUUUAUUUGUUUGUUCAGAAAUUACUUCGCCAGUCUUUACCAGCUUCCAAGGCCUAUUUCUACCUCUAUUGAGUUUCUUGGAUUGUAAAUGUCGUAUGAUAUGAUAUUGUUGUUUACAUCGCACAUUUGCUGCAGAACUUACCAUUGAAAGUCAUCCAACAUCAGCCAUUUUACCAAAUCACACCCUUUGUAUUUAAUCUUUUGAUCAAAUCGCACACUAUUUAUUUUAUACCAAAUUACAUCCCCAUCAUAAAUUUUUCCAUAUUGUGUCCUUAAUUUUCAAGUCCUCCCAGAAUGAAAAUGAAAACCGAUUUACAAAUGAGUUUGUCAAUCAAUUAACAUUUGGAUUUUAGAGGUAACUUAAAACACCAAGGAUAAUAUCUGAAAAUUUUAUUGCCAUUCAAAAACCACAAUAGUGGAGCAUGAUUUGAUCAAAGCCAAACACAACGGGUAUCUCGUUUGGUACAAUGCCCUUCGACAUUUGUUUUUUUUUCCAUAGUUUUUAAGAUUAGUUCUCAAGCUAAAAGAUUUUUGCUUCUACUAUUUAUUAUUGUUGGAGGAAUGAUAAAUAUAUUUGCAUUUCUCAUUGUAUUUGACUUUUAUUUUAAUAAAAAGAAAUGCAGGUCAAUUCCAUUUUCAAUUUUUUCCAAGCAAGCUGGUGAUCUGUGUUUUUUCUCCCAUCCAUUGAUAGAUUUAAAAAUCUCAGCACCUAACCAAAUCACAUUAAUACUAGUAUUGGUGCCAUGUAACAUCGGGUAAGUAAAAAUAAAACAUCACUUUCCAUUGUUGUCUUUCAAAAAUUUAUUGAAUUAUAUGCACUAAUUAUGUGUUUGUGCAUAGUUUCCAUUGGAUUCUCACUGUCAUUAACCCUUACAAUGAAGUUAUUUAUUUGUUGGAUUCUCUAAGGCACCGCAUUCAUGAUGAGGAUUGGAAAUAUAUAGUGGAAAUGGCCUUGAGAUUGUUUAAUUCAAACAAGGGAAAGAAAGGUAGAAAAAAGACUAUGUGGGUAGUAGAAAAGGCUCCUCGACAACAAGAUGUCAAACAAUGUGGUUAUUAUGUGAUGCGAUUUAUGAGACAAAUUGUUGAAGAAGUUGAAAUUAUCGAGAGAGAUUCACUACGAUCUAUAUUCACACAAGCAGAGUAUUCUCGAGAAGAAAUUGAUGAGGUGCGAUCGGAGUUGGCAGAAUGUAUACAAGAUCAUAUUUAUAAGUAUGUGCGUUCAAGUUUAUGUAAGUUCAUUACCUUGUUUUAG